AUGGCUGUAACUUUAAUGAAUUCUUUCAUGCCAGAUCCCAGCUCGUUUUCACUUGAUCAGAGCCCUUUUAUACCAAAUAAUACCUCUUUUAUGCCUGAUCCAUCCCAGCUUCUAGCCCAAGGAGAACAUCUCAGAGAAGAUUUUUCCCUUCUUCUGGCAGUGCAAAUGGCUUUCUUUAUUGCUCUCUUCGUUAUCUCUAUCCUCUCCACCACUGCAACAGUGAUAGUAUCAGCCAUGUCUUAUAAUGACAAGACCUUAUCCUUGAGAGAUCUAUGUUCAAGGACAGCGACAACAUGGAAAAGGGCACUGGUAACAGCUUUCUAUACAAGACUUCAUCAAAUAGGUUACUGGUUCUUGGUUGUGGCAUUGGCUGCUCCUUUAUUGAUGUCUGCUAAUAAAGCCACCAUGUCAGCAGCCAUCUUGCUCGGGAUUUUUGCUUGCGUUUACUACUUAUAUUUGGCUGUUAUUUGGAUCUUCGCUGUUGUCGUUUCUAUUGUCGAAGAAAGUUUUGGAAUGAAGGCAUUAGGAAAAGCCACUGCUAUUAUUAAGGGCAGGAGGUUACAUGGUUUCAUGCUUAUGGUUUGCUUUAACUUUCUGGUUUUUACUGUAAUCCAGGUCUGGUGGAUGAUACUAG